AAAUCAAAAAGUCAAAUGCGAAAGAAGAUCGCUUCUUCUUCUCCAAUCGGAGAUAGCGUAGCAAAUUUCUUCUGAUUAUGUCUUUGAUAAACGAUGCGAGUAGUAGCCACGACGGCGGAAGCACCGGAGAAAGCGUAAUCGAUGAUCGUGGCCGCUACAGAAGCACUUGCGGCUACUGUAAAUCCCCAACUCGGUCAAGCAUCGCCCACGGUUUAUCUGCAGAGACUCUUACCGUUUAUGACUACCAAGCUCUUAUUGACCGAGGCUGGAGACGAUCUGGUUCCUAUCUUUACAAACAUGAGAUGGAUAAAACUUGUUGCCCUCCUUAUACAAUCCGUUUGAAAGCAAGUGAUUAUGUUCCUACUAAAGAGCAGCAGCGAGUUUCUAGAAGACUAGAAAGGUUCUUGGAUGGCAAACUAGAUGUGCAGCCCAGGGAACAAACAGAACAUUCAUGUGCUUCUUCCUCUGGUGGAGUUUUAGAUUCAGGGGAAAAAACAUUUGGAACUGCAAGUAGUGCAGAAAAGAAUAAAUUUGAACCAAUUAUGGAUGACUUGUCCAACAAAAUUCACCAAGCUGUGCAAAUAUGCAUAAAGAGUGGGGAAUUCCCUUCUAAUAUGCAGAUACCGACGAAAGGUUCAGUGAAGAAGGUCUUCUGUGCUAGAAGAAAGAAACUAGCUGAAGGAUCAGAACAACUUUUCUACACCAGCAACAUUGCUUUUCCAAUAGCAGCUGCAAUAAAAUGCACCCAGACAUCUGAGAAAGAGGAGAUGAACAAUGCUGGAAAAAACAGAUUAUCACCUGAAACUAUUUCUGAGAUGUUGUUGAGUGCUAUGAGUAAGGUGGGGGCAAUUCCUGAUUUUUCUAUUAAAGUCUGCAAGGGCCAUAUCAAUUUCUUUUCAGCUUCCGAAGAUUCUUUCUCUGAUAGAGAUGUUGUUCCUAAUGGUAACAUCUCGAGAGGGGCCAAUUCAACUGGUGAAGGUGAAAGCUUUAACACGAAGAUGGAUUCACAAAACCCUCAGACAAGAAAGCGAAAGCUGGAGAUACAUUUGAAAAGGUCUAGUUUUGAUCCUGAAGAACAUGAGUUAUACAAACGGUAUCAGCUGAAAGUGCACAAUGAUAAGCCGGGGCGUGUCACAGAAAGUUCAUACAUAAGGUUUUUGGUCGACUCUCCUUUGAUAUAUGUUCAGCCUUCUGGUGAUGAAAAGGUUCCGCCUUGUGGCUUUGGCUCUUUCCACCAACAGUACAGAGUUGAUGGGCGUCUAAUUGCUGUUGGGGUUGUAGACAUUCUUCCUAAAUGUUUGUCAAGUGUAUACCUAUUCUGGGAUCCAGACUAUGCAUUCUUAUCGCUCGGGAAAUAUUCUGCCAUGCAAGAAAUUAGUUGGGUCAAAGAAAACCAAACUCAGUGCCCUUCUCUUCAGUAUUACUAUCUUGGCUAUUACAUACAUUCGUGCAACAAGAUGAGAUAUAAAGCAGCCUACCGUCCAUCUGAGCUUCUAUGCCCUCUCCGUUUUCAGUGGGUUCCAUACGAAGUAGUGAGGCCGAUGCUUGAUAAAAAGCCAUAUGUCAUCUUGUCUGAUAUCGCCAGUUCACAAAAUCAAUCUUCUUUACUAACUCGUGCUUCUGAAACUCUCGUGGAACCAGCAGCAAGGGAACAUGAAGACAUGGAACAAGGGGAGACAAAUGAUAAUUUUAUGGGCGGCAGUGAUGAUGAUGAUGAUGAUGAUGAUGAAAUGUGUGAACUGGAAUCAGAGGAGUCUCAUAUUGAAUCCGGAUCCAAAGAUAAUGACAUUAGCAACAUCCCUAUCAGACUUUAUGGAUCCCAAUAUAGAUAUAAGGAUUUGAGGCAGAUAAUAACGCUAGAAGGGAGGAGGCAACUGGAACCGAUGUUAAAAAAGUACAGCAAGGUCGUGGGGGAUGAGCUUUCAGAGAGAAUGGUGUAUGAAAUCAAGUAAAGAAAGCAUGCCUGCUUAAUAAACCAACCCUCGUUGAGCUUUACUUUAGUAACAUUGUUUAUAGCAUUAAACUCAGAAUUGAUUGUGUAUCAUGUCUAAGUUGCUGUGUCAAUGUGACAUGGUAUCUUUCUUCAUGUUCUCAUUGCCUUGAUUUACCUUGCAAGUAUCAUUUUAAGAUUUUCUUUAUUA